AUGGAUUGCUAUCUGAACAAAGAACGCGUGUUCCCUUUGAUGAAGGACUUGGUCGUUGAAAAUUGCCCCAUGAUAACAAAAUUGGGUCCACGGCCACUAAGUGCACCAAAACUUGAUAUUUCCGAUUUGUUGGAUGAGUCAGGUCUACAAAAGGAUCCUAGAUAUGGAGCUUGGGUAGAGCAUCAAGUAUGCAAAAAUAUGGAGGACGCCCUCCGACAAAUUCUGCUCACUGAAGGUUUGGCUGGACUUUAUAUAGGCAUUGUCCCCUCAAUUGUCGAAGCUGCACCUGCUGGUGCUGUGACAUUUGUUGCUUAUGAAUUCACGUUGGAUUGUUUAGAGUCGAUUUUAAAUUGA